CUUCCUGCUGGUUCCACCUGCACCCUUUGACUUCGGGUGGAAAUGCUGUCUGCUCAGCCACCUUGCCCACACCCUGGACAUCUGCUCUCUCUGGUCCCCUCCUCUCCCUUCUCACCGCCAGGCUGGACUCCAGAACCACUCCUCUCAGCCAGCUGGUUUCCCCUUUGCCUUAGGUUUUUCCACUGGGUUGUAUCUUUUCCUGUCCCAAACACACCCCCAACCCCCAAUCUCUUCUUUCUUUCUCCAACCUUAGUCUUCCAAGUCACAGCCCACGACUAGACUUUUCUCCUCAAAAGUGCACAAUCCACAACCUGUUGCUUCAAAUAAUUGUAUUUAGUCUUGGGAAAUCCCAUCGCCUUGCCUUCAGCCAUUAAAAAUGUCCUACGGUCCCCAGCCCGAGCCUGUCCCGGGCUCUGCCCUGUUCCGGGAGGGCUGGCGUGUCCAGCAGAGCCCCCGCACCGCCCCCACGCCGCCCGAGCCCACGCUCCCUGCCUGCCUUCACUCCCCAGUCUCCUCUGCUUCCGGCAGCUUUGGGACCUCCAUCCCUGGCUUCUCCUCCAUGCUGUACGGGAUGAAGAUCGCAAAUCUGGCCUUCGUCACCAAGACUCGGGUCAGGUUCUUCAGACUCAACCGGACCGAGGAGCAGCUGCCAGAAACUGGGAAAAUGAAGCCAAUGUCAGAUAUCAGCAAACAGCACAAGUCACUGCUAGCCAAGAUCUAUUAUGACAGGGCCGAGUAUCUUCAUGGGAAACAUGGGGUGGAUGUGGAGGUCCAGGGGCCCCAUGAAAAUCGAGAUGGGCAGGUCCUUAUUCACCUGGAUUUGAACUGCAAGGAGGUGUUGACCCUGAACCUCCGGAACGGGGGUACCCAGCCCGUCACGCUGACACACGUGUUCCCGUUCUGUGGCUCUUCCCAAUUUGUCUUCUCUGAUGGAGACCGGAAACUGCCCUGCCUGCUGGGCCCUGGUGAAUGCUACGAGCUCCUUGUCCACUGCGAGACCACUUUUGUGGGCUACUUCCCAGCCACUGUGCUUUGGGAGCUGUUGGCACCUGGCAAGACUGAUUCAGAACAAGCUGGCACUUUCUACAUUGCUCGCUUCUUGGCUGCUGUCACUUACAGUCCCCUGGCCGCACAGCUGAAGCCCACAACCCCCUUCAAGCGGGCCCGGGUCACUAGAAACCCAGUAGUGACCGGCCGGGUAGAAGAAGGAGAGAAACCUGACCGCGCUGAGGGGUACGAUCUGGAGCUGACUGUGCCGCUGGGGCGCUACUUCCCGCCCGAUCGCCUCCGCCAGCACUUUCCUGUGCUCCAGAAAACAAACAUCUUCACUGCGCCAAAGGAAAGCGCGGAGAUCAAGGCCCAGCUGGAGAAAGCCCUGGAGCAGAGGAACUACAAGACCAAGUUCCAGCUCCUGCUGCACCUGGAGGAGCUGCAGAUGGAGCAUGACAUCCGCCAGUACGACCUGGAGUCGGUGCCCAUGACCAAGGACCCCAAGGAAUGCAACCCCAGUCUGCUCACGCUGGAGGUCCCCGGAGUGGCCGAGAGCCGUCCCUCAGUGCUGCGGGGUGACCACCUGUUUGCCCACUUAACCUGUGAGAUGCACCAGGAGAACCCUGUCACCUAUAAGGGCUUUGUGCAUAGGGUGGAGCUGGACCGAGUCAAGCUGAGCUUUUCCAUGAGUCUCCUGAACCGAUUUGUAGACGGACUAACCUUCAAGGUGAACUUCACCUUCAACCGCCAGCCCUUGCAGGUGCAGCACCGCGCUCUGGAGCUGGCAGCCUGCGGGUCCCUGUGGCCUACGCUCUUUCCCUCGGCUGCCUGCAAGGUCCCACUGAUGCCCUCAGAUGUGAAACUCACGCUGUACGACAGGAGUCUGGAGUCAAACCCCGAGCAGAUGCAGGCCUUGAAGCACAUUGUUAUGGGCACCACCCGCCCGGCCCCCUACAUCAUCUUCGGACCUCCAGGAACUGGCAAGACCGUCACCUUAGUGGAGGCCAUCAAGCAGGUGGUGAAGCUCUUGCCCACGGCCCACAUCCUGGCCUGCGCCCCGUCCAACUCGGGGGCUGACCUCCUCUGCCAGCGGCUACAGAGCCACAUGUCCAGCUCCAUCUACCGCCUCAUCGCCCCCAGCAGGGACAUCCGCUUCGUGCCCGAGGACAUCAAGCCCUGCUGCAACUGGGAUGCACAGAAGGGGGUUUAUGUGUUUCCUGCCAAGAAGAAGCUGCAAGAAUAUCGAGUCCUGAUUACCACCCUCAUCACUGCCAGCAGGUUGGUCUCGGCCAAAUUUCCCAUCGAUCAUUUCACACACAUCUUCAUCGAUGAGGCUGGUCAGUCCGUGGAGUCCGAGAGUCUGGUGGCCAUAGCAGGGCUGAUGGAAGCCAAGCAGUCGGACAACCCAGGAGGGCAGCUGGUGCUGGCGGGCGACCCUCGCCAACUGGGACCUGUGCUGCGCUGCCAGCUGACCCUGAGGCAUGGGCUGGGGUGCUCCCUGCUGGAACGGCUGCUCACCACUAAUAACCUGUACAAGAAGGGCCCCGAUGGCUACGACUCCCAGUUCAUAACUAAGCUGCUGCGGAACUACAGGUCUCACCCCCACAUCCUGCAAGUUCCCAACCGGCUCUACUACGAAGGGGAGCUGCAGGCCUGUGCCGACCUCAUAGACCGACAGCGCUUCUGCCACUGGGAGGGUCUGCCCCAACCGGGCUUCCCCAUCAUCUUCCACGGCGUAAUGGGGAAGGACGAGCGUGAAGGCAAUAGCCCGUCCUUCUUCAACCCGGAAGAGGUGUCCACGGUGAUCUCCUACCUGAAGCAGCUUCUGCUCUCUUCCUCCAAGAAGGGCAAAGCCCGCCUGAGCCCCCGAAAUGUGGGCAUCAUCUCCCCAUACCGGAAGCAGGUGGAGAAAAUCCGCUACUGCAUCACCAAACUUGACAAGGAGCUUCGGGGACUGGACGACAUCAAGGACUUGAAGGUGGGCUCGGUGGAAGAGUUCCAAGGCCAGGAACGCAGCGUCAUCCUCGUGUCCACCGUGCGAAGCAGCCAGACCUUCGUGCAGCUGGAUCUUGACUUCAAGCUGGGUUUCCUUAAGAACCCCAAGAGGUUCAAUGUGGCUGUGACCCGGGCCAAAGCCCUGCUCGUCGUGGUUGGCAACCCACUCCUCCUCGGCCACGACCCUGACUGGAACGAAUUCCUGAAGUUUUGUAAAGACAAUGGGGGGUAUACCGGGUGCCCCUUCCCUACCAAGCCGGACCUCCAGCAGGGGCAGUACUUACUGCAAGAACUGAGCAAGCUCAGCGUCUCUACCUCAGGGCCCCCAAAUCAUGACUACCUUCCCGUCGAGCAGAGGGGUGAAGGCAGCCUGUACCUGCAAGUGGAGCAGGAGUGGAGGAGCGACAUCUAAGCACACAGGGCCUUCUCACACCAGCCACGCCUUAACCCCCGGCCUGAACCUGCCCCCAGCCAGCAGCCCUUCAGGGAUCGGAAAGGCUGGGAGAGGGAGUUUACACCCCAAGCCAUUCCACCCCCUUCCCCUGCUGGGGAGACUCACCCAACAAGCUGCUAACAAAUGCAGGGACAAGAAGAAAAACCCUGAAAACAAAACCUUGUUCUAUGUAAAAGUUUUUACAGUCUCAGCCUGCCCCAGCUUCCUGCACUCCCAAGCAUGUCUGUUCCAUCGACAGAAGCGCAGUCCAGGGGAGGAGACCCAGUGCAGGGAAGCCACCCACAGGCUUCUAAGUUUAGCCCCUGAACCAGACCACUCCCCUCACCCGCCUCCCAGGCCUGGAGCCAGGCAUGACCUCAUCCCUUGCUCCAGGACUCCACCCGGCUGCCCUGAGUCCUGCUGUGCAGACAGGGGGCCGGCAGGCGACUUGCACACAGAUGAUGGGUCUCCAGGCUCCUGGCCAAGACAGGGACCAGGAGAGAAAGGCCGGAAGCUGCCGCACACUUUGGAGCCUGUGGCCUUUAUUCACGCCCCCCCCCCCCA